UCCUCUUUCAUUCAUGUAUACACGCUUCCGUUUGCUACACAAUUACCAUGAAUCCAAGGUUUUCUAUGGCAUUUCAUUAUUAUGUCUUUAUUGUGUUCUUCAUGCACAUAUCAGUGUUACAUGUACUUGCAUUAAACCCCAUGAUUGUCAACGUUACUGUGAAGUGCAUAGAGAGUGAAAGGCAUGCACUACUUGCUUUGAAACAGGGUUUUCAUCUCAACAACAAUGCUUGGCUUUCUUCUUGGGGACAUGGAGACAAUCUAAAAGAGUGUUGUAACUGGGAACACAUUCAGUGUAGCAAUGAAACAGGCCAUGUUUUGAAGCUUGAUCUUCAUGUUUCUGAUCAUAUUGUAAGAGCUGGCUCCAUUACUGCAGCACUGGCUGAGUUGCAUCAUUUGAAUUAUUUGGAUCUUAGUUACAUUUCUUUCAAUCUCACCCCAUCAAUUCCUAUCUUUAUUGCCUCUUUAACCCAUUUGAGAUACCUCAAUCUUUCACACUCUGGCUUCCAAGGAAAAGUACCCCAUCAGUUUGGGAACUUACUCUUCUUGGAAUAUCUUGAUCUUGGAUAUAAUAGCCUCUUAGCAGAAAUUCCUCCUCAAAUUUCAAACCUCUCAAAUUUAGUGUACCUUCAUUUGGGAUCCAACUCUUUUCAUGGGAACAUUCCUCCACAACUUGGAAGUCUCUUAUCCUUGAAAUAUUUGGAUUUGAGUGAAAAUGAUUUCAAUGGAACUAUUCCUGAAAAUUUUGGAAAUCUUUCAAAUUUGGAGUAUCUUGACCUUAGCUCCUCUUACCAAAUAUCUUUGAGUUCUGGUUUGCAAUGGUUAUCUCAUCUUUCAUUUCUGAGGCAUCUUUCACUCCCUAAGGUUAAUCUUAGCACUGCAAACAAUUGGCAACAACUAGUGAGUGGUCUUUCUCAUCUACAAUACUUGGACUUCAAUGGUUGUGAUCUUUCAGAUUCCAUCCCCUCGUCACUUUCUCCAGCUGCAAAUUUCUCCACUUCUCUGUCAUUUGUGGAUCUCUCUGGCAACAAUUUGAUGAACUCGUCUUUGAUAUUUCCAUGGAUAAUGAACUCUACUAGCAGCCUAGCCAUGCUCAAUUUGGAUCAUAAUUCUCUGAGGGGAACCAUACCACAAGCCAUAGGGGACUUGAGCUCUCUUGAAUACUUGAAUCUUGCCAGCAACCAACUCGAAGGCCAAAUACCUAUAUCAUUGUUUCAUGUUUGCAGCUUGAGAGAAUUAGACCUUUCCGGAAACAGGCUGAGUGGCCAGUUUCAUGAGUUUGCUAAAGCAUUGUCCAAUUGUAAUCACAAGCAAUUGCAAACUUUGAAUAUGGGAUGGAAUGAAAUUACAGGUAUGGUGCCAGAUCUUUCUUCAUUUUCAUCAUUGCAAGUGUUACGACUUGAUAGCAAUGGAUUAAAUGGAACUUUGCAUGAAGGCAUUGGACAACUAUCCAAUUUGAGGGAGUUAAGGCUUGGAAAUAACUCAUUGGAAGGUUUGAUAUCUGAGUCUCAUUUCUCUAAACUUUCCAUGCUAUUGACUUUGGAUUUAUCUCAUAAUUCAUUGGUCUUUAACAUUAGCAAUGAGUGGGUUCCCCCUUUCAAAUUAAUCAAGAUUAAAUUGGCAUCUUGCAUUUUGGGCCCUGACUUUCCAAAAUGGCUUCAAAACCAACAUAACAUGAAUUGGUUGGAUAUUUCUGGAGCUGAAAUAUCUAGCAAUGUUCCUAAUUGGUUCUGGGAAUUCCUUCCCACAAUGGUAAAAUUGAAUCUUUCCCACAACCAUUUCAAAGGCAAAAUUGAAAAUUUACCUUUGAUUCCUCAGAGUGCCUUGCAGAUUGAUCUAAGCUCAAAUUCUUUUGAAGGCCCAGUCCCAGCAUUUCUUUCAAUGUCAGCACAAGUGUUUCUGUCCAACAACAUGUUUUCAACAGCAAAUCUUUUUCUGUGUUCUAACGUGUCUGCGAACACUGAGUAUUUAGAUUUGUCAAAUAAUCACAUUAGAGGACAGCUCCCAGACUGUUGGAUGAAUUUCCAAUCUCUAGGCUUCCUAGAUUUGUCCAACAAUUAUUUUCAUGGCAGCUUACCGAGAUCUAUGGGAUCAUUGAGGCAAAUUCAGUCAUUACAUCUAGGUGAUAACAAUUUUUCUGGAGAAAUACCACUGUCCUUUGUUAAUUGCACAGAGCUAAAACUUUUUGAUGCUGCAAAGAAUAAUUUAACUGGGCCAUUCCCUAGCUGGAUUGGAAAUAAUCUUUCAAAUCUGUUUAUACUUAGCUUGCAUUCCAAUCAAUUUCAUGGGAGCAUGCCUCUAAGUAUAUGUAAUCUUGAUGAGCUUCAUUUGUUGGACCUCUCUUUGAAUAGUCUUUCAGGGAAUAUACCUAAAUGCAUAAGAAAUCUUUCUGCAAUGGCAAGUCAAGCAACUUCAAAGGUUGAUAUUUUCUAUGCUUAUGAUGCAUAUUAUGAUGAUUUUGAUGGCAUUACCAGCUUUGGAGUUAAUGCUGAUAGUGCUUCACUUAUAUGGAAAGGAAAAAUGUCAAAAUACAGAAGUACAUUAGGACUAUUGAGAAGCAUUGAUUUGUCAAGUAACAGAUUCAAUGGGGAGAUUCCAAGUGAGAUGAUGAGUCUUGUUGGUUUAGUUUCUCUUAACAUUUCGAGGAACAAGUUAGUUGGUAAUAUUCCUCAAGGUGUUGGACAAUUGAAAUCCUUGGAUUUUCUUGAUCUGUCUAGAAAUCAAUUGUCUGGAAGGAUUCCUUCACAACUCUCUCAGCUAGAUCGUCUCAGUGUUCUUGAUCUAUCAUAUAAUGAUUUAUCAGGCCAAAUUCCACUCGGUACCCAACUUCAAACAAGAGAUGCAUCUGCUUAUAUAGGAAAUCCAAAAUUAUGUGGUGCUCCUCUCAACAAAACCUGUCUCAUUCCUACACAGAAUCCAGUUGAUGGAAAUGAUGAUCACAAAGAACAGUUUUUUACUGAGGGGUUUUACAUUGCUUUGGCGAUUGGAUUUAUUAUGGGGUUUUGGGGAGUUUCCUGCUCAUUGAUUUUGAAGAAAUCUUGGAGAUAUGCUUAUUUCAAGUUCUUUAAUGAUCUAUAUGACAAGCUUUAUGUAUUUGCUGCAAUUAAGAUGGCUAAAUUAAAGAGACUCAGAUCUUAGUAUACAUACAGGUAAAAGGGUAGACAACAUCAUAUGUUAAAAGAAGAGGUUUGCUUGUGAUACAACCAGGAUCUCCAUGUGUAUUCAUUUGGAAGGAGAUCAUCAAAAUGUAGUGAUGCAGAUGAUAACAAGUGCUGUGUUUGCAUAUUUUAGCCCUGUUUAGGUUGUCUGUUGUAGCUGCAGGGUGGAGUGUGGAAGAGGAUUCUUUGAAACUUGGCCUUGGUUUGUUGCUGUGAUUUAUUUUUAUGGAUGAUUUAUGUGUUGUUAUGAAAGUGUUUGUAGUGAGUUAAUAGUCAAUUUAACCCAUGAAAUCUGAGGUUGGACUUAAUUUAAUUCUUAAAAUUUUAAUAUACUCAAAUUAGACACCCAGAAAUUUAUAGUCGUAACUCACAUUAAUCAUUGAGUUGAUCUAUAUCAGUGGCGUAUUGAUUUGGUACAUUAACUUGUUGUGAUUUAGAUUCCUUACUUAGAUUCCAUGCACAUUGAGAUUUAUUAGAACUUUCGGGAGCUUGACUGCUCCUAGAACCCCAAAUUUUUCAAAUUGAACUUAUUAUUGUUGUCUUUGUGAAGAUGUUAGGAAGUCAGUCAAAUUUCUAAGAGGUCUAGCAGAUCUCAAUUACAUGAAAGAGAAAUGCUAGGGGUCAGCAACUUUUGUGAUUUGUAACCAUCAAUGAUAGUUUUAAUGGUGUGAGAUUUCAUCCAAUGGCUCACUUUUCUUUGCUAGUUACAUGCUGGCCAAAAUUUAACAAAG